AGCGCCCGGCGGGGCAGGGGCCGGACGGAGCCCCGAGCGGGGCGGGCCGCUCUCCCCGCCCCCGUCCCGCCGGCCGCCGGGAGGGCGCGGGCUGCUGGCGUCAGAGGCCGGGACGGGGCGAGCAUGGGGCGGACGGUGGUGGAACUUUUUUACGACGUGGUGUCCCCUUACUCCUGGCUGGGGUUUGAGGUGCUCUGUCGGUAUCGGCACAUCUGGAAUAUUGAUCUGCGCUUUCGUCCAGCUUUCCUUGGUGGCAUAAUGCAAGAAACGGGUAACAAGCCCCCAGCAAUGUUGCCAAAGCGUGGAGAAUACAUGCUGAAGGAUAUGAAAAGGAUGGCAAAAUACUACCAAGUACCUAUACAAGUUUCAGGAGAUGACUUCAAACGUAUCUUUGGUACAAGCACUCUUGGGGCCAUGCGUUUCCUCACAGCCAUUGAUAUGACACAACCACGACACCUGGAAACCGUAUCUAGAGAGUUCUGGACACGUUUUUGGUCACAGCAUGAAGAUAUCAGUGAGCCGGACAGUAUAGUGGCUGUUGCAAGACAAGCUGGGCUGUCAUCGGAGGUCACCCAGAAGCUACUUGAAAUGAUUUCAUCCCCUGCAGUGAAGAACCGACUGAGAGAGACAACAACGGAAGCAAUAAAAUACGGGGCAUUUGGGAUGCCUGCUGUUGUGGCACAUUAUAAUGGGGAACCUCAUCUCUUUUUUGGCUCUGAUCGUGUAGAGCUGCUAGGCAGCAUUAUAGGUGAAAAAUGGGUGGGACCUGUUCCAUCAGUUCCAAGUGCCAAGAUGUGAAAAGUCACAGGGAAGUAUAUAGGAGUGAAAAUAUGUCUGUACAUGGUCAAUCUUAAGAGAUUAUCUGAAUGUAUCCAAUUUUAUGAAGAGAUAGCUUUCUCAUCUUUAAUAGCUAACUUUACAGCUCAGUAUCAUCUCUAAUUAUGAAGAAGGGGAAGGUUUGCCAGUAUUACCAGUCUGGUGAGGUCUUUACCAAUACCAAUGUGCCUCUUUCUUUGAACAAAUUAAUGAUUAACAUUAAAGAUUGCUGUUCCUUGGA